AUGGCACACCUACAAGCAUCAGAGUUGUUCUCAGUCAAAGAUCGAGUAGCGGUAGUCACAGGAGGAGGCAGCGGCCUGGGUCGGAUCAUAACCAAAGCACUCAUCGUCAACGGUGCAUCAAAGGUCUUCAUCCUCGGCCGACGCGAAGACGCUCUUCGUGAAACAGCCACCCAAUCCUCCAGCGGCACAGUCAUCCCUGUCCAAUGUGAUGUGACUUCCAAAGAAUCCCUCGAAGCAGCAUACCAAACGGUAGCAGCACAAACCACCCAUGUUGAUAUUCUAUUCGCGAACAGCGGAAUAAUGGGCCCAAUGAUGCGUGUUCCUCCGCCCAAAUCUGAUGGAUCCCUUCCUUCCAUCCAGGACAUCCGAGAUGAGAUGUACAAUAUUCCCAUGAACGAGUUUACCAAAGUCAUGGAUGUGAAUGUGACGGGUGCCUAUUACACCGUUCUGGCAUUUCUGCCCCUUCUUGAUGCGGCCAAUAAGAGGCGGCCGAAGCCACAGAUUGGCGUCCUGGCGUCUCCUACGGCGCAGGUUGUUAUUACGGGCUCUAUUGCGGGAUUCAAUCGGCAGCCGCCGUUUAGCUUUGCAUACAAUGCUUCGAAAGCUGCGGUGCAUCAUCUUGUGAAAAUGCUUUCUACGAGCUUUACUUCGUAUGACAUCCGUGUCAAUGGGGUCUCGCCUGGUUUAUACUAUUCGGAUAUGGCUGAGCAUAUCUUUGUUGAUAAAGGCGUCCAAGGGGGUGGAAUCUCGGAUGGUUCGGUGCCUAGAGAGAUGAUUCCUUUGACUAGGAGUGGGUCGGAGCAAGAUCUGGCUGGGUUGGUUGUUUGGUUGGCAAGUUCGUCUGGUGGUUUCUUGAAUGGUACCAUCAUUGUCACAGAUGGUGGUCGGAUCUCUACUGUGCCCGCCACUUAUUGA